AUGCGCGCCGCGCCGCCGCCCGCGCCGCUCCUGCCGCUGCUGCUGCUGCUGCUCGCGCUCCUGGCCGCGCCUUCCGCCCGCGCCCGCAGAGCCGAGGCCGCCCCGGCGCCGCAGCCGCAGCCGCAGCCGCAGCCGCAGCCCGAGCGCCAGCCGCGGCCGUCGCCCGGCCCGGGGCCCGGGAACGCCACCCGGACGGGGUCUGGGACGGCGGCGGCGGCGGGCGGCGGCGGCAGCUCCAACAGCAGCGGCGACGCCCUGGUGACCCGCAUCUCCAGCCUGCUCCGCGACCUGCCCACCCUGAAGGCGGCCGUGAUCGUGGCGUGCGCCUUCACCGCGCUGCUCAUCGCCUGCCUGCUGCUGCGCGUCUUCAGGUCGGGAAAGAGGUUGAAGAAGACCCGCAAAUAUGACAUCAUCACUACUCCAGCCGAGCGAGUGGAAAUGGCCCCGCUGAAUGAAGAAGAUGAUGAGGAUGAGGACUCCACAGUGUUUGACAUCAAAUAUAGGUAAAAUCUGUAUCCAGCAUGUUGGCAUCCUGUGGAACAAUGGUCAGCUGCAGCCUGGGGCGUGAAGGAUCUGGAAGCUCUCUCUUCUUAGAUGUUGAAACCAAAACAAACAUUAUUUAUGAAACUCUGGUGCAGUUGUGUGUGUCGAACAUCCGCUCAGAACAUCACUGCAGGAGAGUCGCCUCUACUACCCUCUGGGUGCCUCUUUCAAAUGUCACCCCUUCUUCCUCAAGAGGGCUUUUUCCUUGCUACGGGGCACGGGAUAGAAACAUUUUGAUCUAAACAAAAAAACUAAUUUUAAGGCAACUGUUGACAAAAGUAAAGAGAUCAGAAGUUAACAGGAACCUGAAAAAAAAAAAAAGCCUAAAGGAUAUUCAGCUUCUAAUUUCUGAUAUUCUGCUCUCCUGGAUCUACGACAUUCUAGAUGUCUGACCCUUCUGUGGUCUUUUUGGGCUUGGCCAAGUUCUGGCCUUCUUUUGGUGACGGCCGUGUGCAAGUUCAAAGUUGAAAUGUUCAGAGCCAGCCAGCCGUAGCCGAAAUAUACUGGUGUUUGUGGCUCUUUUUCUCUCCGUUUUCAAAAAAGGGUUCAGCAGAAUUAGACGUAGCUAGUUCAACAAAGAAUUUUGCCUAUCAGGGAAAAGCCUGUAUGUAUGUGCGGGUAUGUGUGUGUGCGUGUGUGCGUGCCCGUGUGUGCACAUGUGAAAUACCUUCUCCCUUUCUGGGGGGAAAGACUGCACGAGGCAGCCUUUGGUUAACUCCCCCCCGCCGCCUGGUGUGUUUCUCUGCCCUGUUCUUCACUGCUGGGGCUUGGAAAUGGAAUUUUAGAGAAUCACGGUGGUGAUUCAGGUGGACAGGGUUUAGCUGGCUGAAAAUGACCAUGUUUAGAGUUGUUCUAGGCCAGGCUGGACCGGAAACCCACCGGGACCCAGGACGUGGCAGCAGGCAGGCCCCUUCUGAGGUGUGGGUCGGGGGUUUCGGGAAGGCUGGCUUGUUUUCAGAGCUCGUGUGCCCAGAUGUCUGCUGGCUUCCGGAAGCAGGGCCUGGGGCUCAUUUCUCCGGUGGAUGGAGGCCUCCCCGAGGUUGCGAUUAGCUGCUAUAGCAGUGCCUUUGGGGCCCUGGGACUCCGUUCUCUCCAGAAGGGGGGUUUGCAUUGUGUUUUUUUUUUUUUAUCCUCCCUUUUCUGGCAUCCUUCAGGGUUUGGGCAUCCCGCCUCCUGGUGGCCUGCACCCCUGCUGUGGAUGAAAACUCCGCAGCCUUCUCUGACUUGCCCGUUCUCAGGCUCACCAGUUUCUGAGAAGGGCCGUCAGCACUGCAGGGUCCACGGGUUCCCGAGGCAUAUGGCCCCUGCAGGAAGGAGGGGGGUGUCUGGGGCGGCUGCCUGGGGGAGGCGGCCAUGCAGAGCAUACCUGUACAGCCCUGCUGUGCCUCUGUUCCCUCUGUCUCGCGUCCUUUGUUGACUUUCCUCCUGCCCCGCCCUGCUUGGCCCCCUGGGCGGGCCUCCCCUGCACAGGGCACCUGCGGGCCGGAGGGGUGACUCAGUGGGACCGGCUGCCCAGCAUCUGGGCGCCCUCUGAACCUUGGACCUGGAAUCCUGUACGGAGAAGCUGGAGUCAUCUGUCUUACGCAAAAACACUGGUGCCGCCCGCCAGGUGCCUUCCCCCCGGACCUGGCCGACGUGGCUGCUGAGUGACCUUCCCGAUUCCGGAGCUUCAGCGCUACGGGCUCUUAAAUAAAACAAACAAAAAACAAA